GGCAUGGUAGUCGAGCGCAGAUAAGAACAGAGGUUAGAUGGAACAUGGCUCUCUCCAGAGGUUUGAGAUGCUGUCAAAGGGUUUUCUCUUGGAUACCUGUCCUUAUAAUAACCUCCGUGGUGUUGUGGUCGUACUACGCCUACGUCUUUGAGCUAUGUCUUUUUACAAUCACCAACACACUGGAAAAAGUGGCCUAUCUGGUUGUAUUUCAUAUUUGCUUUGUGAUGUUCUCCUGGACCUACUGGAAGUCCAUAUUUACCCCUCCUGCAUCACCAUGCAAAAAGUUUCAGCUGUCAUACUCAGACAAGCAGAGAUACGAGAUGGAGGAGAGGCCAGAUGUUCAGAAACAAAUCCUGGUUGAGAUUGCGAAGAAACUGCCCAUCUUCUCUCGAGCUCAGUCUGGAGCUAUCAGGUUCUGCGACCGCUGCCAGGUACUGAAGCCUGACCGCUGUCACCACUGCUCGGUCUGUGAAACAUGUGUCUUGAAGAUGGACCAUCACUGUCCCUGGGUGAACAACUGUGUGGGCUUUUCCAACUACAAGUUUUUCCUGCUUUUUCUCUCCUACUCCAUGCUGUACUGUGUAUUCAUUGCAGCAACAGUCUUUCAGUAUUUCCUCAAAUUCUGGGUGGGGGACUUGCCAAAUGGGCCCGCAAAGUUCCAUGUCCUCUUCCUCAUGUUUGUGGCGCUCAUGUUCUUCGUCAGUCUCAUGUUCCUCUUUGGCUACCACUGUUGGUUGGUGGCCAAGAACCGAUCCACUUUAGAGGCCUUCUCAGCUCCAGUAUUUGUCACUGGACCAGACAGAAAUGGCUUCAAUGUUGGCAUACGCAAAAACCUGCAGCAGGUGUUUGGAGAGAAUCGGAGGCUGUGGUUCAUCCCUGUCUUCUCAAGCCAAGGGAACGGCCACUACUUCCCCUUGAAGAAUCGGAGUUCUGAGUCCCACAACCCCUUAUUAGCUAAUGAGGACAUGUGGGAGGAGUCGGAUGAUGGCUCUGAGGAGGGAAGCCUGGUUGAGGACAGAGACCCAUCUGUUACCAUAGAGAUGGAGGAGGAGUAAUUUAAUGUAAGGACAAUUGAUGCUGGUACAGAGGAUGUACAUUAACAUCGCACACACUGUGUACCACCAGGCAAAUGCAUUCCAAACCACCUGGAUGUUCAGACACUGACAAAAAUUCUGAAGGGGGCCAAACGUGUGGAUUAAAACCUGCAUUUGGACUGUCAUUGCCACUUUUACGCGUGUGUAUUACAUAAUGAUGAAUAGAGCAACUCAAUGGACAACCAGUAGCAUCACCUCUCCUCUGAAGGACAACACAGUAUCAGUUUGAUUCUGGAAAAAAAAAACUUAUCUACUUAAAUAUUAUCUUGCGUACAAAAAGACAAGUGCUAUUUACCAUGGGUCGUAUUUGUAUCCCUCUGGUUGUUCAUCUCAAGACACUGGCCUCUGUGGGAUUAUAAUUUACCGCUAAUUGGGAAGCUUCUGUCUGGCACUGUACUACUUUAUACGCCUCUUUUUCAUUGUCAGGCCGUGAGUUUACAGUGUUGCACCUUAGAGCUCGGUCUGUGCAGAGCGGUAUCUAAAUUGACACCCAUAAUGCUCCAGAGGUCUCCUGUAGUGAUUCAGUUGUCUGGCCUCUACCAGUUUGGGACAUGCAGCAUAUUAACAGAAGAUUUUACUUUUACUUUUUCAAUGCACAUAAACAUAUUCUAAUACCUGACCUAACCUCCGCCUUAUUAAUAUGAUUAUUCUUGUGUUUGGGGAGUCUGUUUCUCCUGAGAAUGUAUCCAGCAACCCUGCUUGUGAAUACACUGUGCCAACAUUUUGGGCACCUAUUUACAAAAGAACCUCUCAUAUAUGCUUUUAAUGAAAACUUCACCCCCCAAAUGACCAUUUGUAUAUCAAUUAUUGGAACGUGUUAUGUUGGAUUCGUAAGAAAUGUUGAAUUCAUUAAAAAAAAGUCACACAAUGACACAAACAAACUGAUCAGCUCCUGUUCUCAGCAAGGUAUAAUUUCUAUUUUUGUCAAUGGAGUCUUGAAUAGAGCAUAGAUAAGUUUAACUUUAAGUUCAGUUCCCCGUUAGAAAGCUGAGCAUACAACUGGAUAAAUGAGACUUGAAUUAAACUGCACGAGUUGUGUGAGAGUUUGUAAACAUAUGCUUUUAUAUACUUUUGCUGUUGUUACGCAUGGACCCCUAUGACUUUACUUCAUCAAGAAUUUUCUCAGUUUUUAAAUUCUUUGUUCACCGUGGAGGCAUGCAGGAAGAAAAAAAAAUGUCUUCCCUAAUUCAACAUUACACAGAGCGAGUAUUUGAUUCACAAAUGGUCAUUUUGUGGGUGGAUUCCGUUAACAGAGUACUUCAACGUUAUAUUGAGAUUGAGUUAAAACGCCAUCAUUACCAGUGACAGUAAUGACAACAAAACUAGCAUACAUUGGCAGCUUUGGUUCGCAGCUGCAGCUCAUUACGUUUGAAAUUAAUGCUGAAAUCUCAACUAGAGUAUUAAUGGCAAACUUAAUAUAAUGUUUAUCAUUUUUCAGUGGCGUCAUAUCCUAAAUAUAUACUGUAUAUCAUUAAUGAUGUUGGUGAUUGAAGAAAAUGCAGUUAUCAGUUUGGUUUUACGGUUUUGAAUGAAAAUACAAGACAUACUGUGAUGAAUAUGUUUUUUAAAUUAUUAUCACAACCUUGUUUUCUACCAUAUCACCCAUCCCUAGCAUGAUAACACUUCUAAGUGGAUGCACAGCAAAAGGAAGGUGAAGUGAAAUGUCAUCAUAGGCACAAAUCAUUCAUAGGAGAAGACAUAGGUUCUUCUUCGUCUGUUUUCUUUUUUGAUCUUUUUAAACAUGCAGAUAA